CAUUCGCCAGCUAAACCGCAGAGAAAAUACUGCAUAGUAGGCGAUAUGAAGAGAGUAUAUAUUGGAGUAUGGGGACUUAAAUGGACGCAAAACACAAAUCGAAGAUGAAGAAAUUCACUCUAAAGGGGGUGCUUGAUGGCAUAAGGUCAUCUGUGAGUGCACCCCCGAAAUUUGAGAAUGAAGUCGAGGAGACAUUGAGAACGGACCACUUUCAAGUUUGCAAGACUGUUCGUCAUGGGUUUCCUUAUCAACCGACAGCGGUUGCAUUCGAUCCUGUCCAACAUCUUUUAGCGAUCGGAACGAAGACAGGUUCUUUGCGGAUAUUAGGACGACCAGGUGUGGACAUCCAUUGUAGUCAGGAUAGAGAAAUAGCCAUUACACAGAUACUCUUCCUCGUCAAUGAGGGUGCACUUGUUACAGUAUGCAAUGAUGAUAGUCUGCACUUGUGGAAUUUUCGCCAGAAGCGGCCAGAAGUUGUGCACACCCUUAAGUUUCAAAGAGAAAGGAUCACCUACUGCCACCUGCCAUUCCAGAGUAAGUGGCUGUACAUCGGCACAGAAAGGGGCAAUGUUCACAUCGCCAACAUCGAGUCCUUCGUCCUGUCAGGCUACGUCAUCAACUGGAACAAGGCCAUCGAACUGUCAAGGAAGACUCACCCUGGCACAGUGGUACACUUGAGUGACAAUCCUGUAGACCCUAACAAGCUUCUGAUUGGAUUUGAGACUGGUGCUAUUGUGUUGUGGGAUCUCAAAACUAAAAGUGCUGAAUGUCGCUACACCUCCCCUGAGGCCCUGCGGUCCAUAUCCUGGCACCACGAAGGGAAGCAGUUCAUGUGCAGUCACACAGAUGGAAGUCUCACCACAUACAACUUGAAAUCUGCCAAUAAGCCCCUCAGUCUCAUGAUGCCCCAUGCCAAAAUUGGCAAGGAAGGAAAACCUGACCCAUGCAAGCCUAUUACUAAAGUGGAGUGGAAGUCUGCCAGAAAUGGUGACCUGCUGGUAAUAUUCUCAGGUGGGAUGUCUUAUGACCGAGCAGGACGCACCCCCAGUAUAACCGUGAUGAAUGGCAAGAGUACCACAGUCCUGGAAAUGGAACACAAUGUGGUCGACUUUGUGGUGCUUUGUGAAACACCCUGGCAUAAUGACUUCCAGGAGCCAUAUGCGAUAGUGGUGCUGCUCCAGAAUGACUUGGUGGUGGUUGAUCUCACCAGUCCUGGGUACCCCUGUUUUGAGAACCCAUACCCUAUGGACCUGCACGAAUCACCAGUGACGGCUUGCCAAUACUAUGCUGACUGUCCCCCUGAUCUCAUACCUGCAUUUUACUCUGUCGGCUCCAAACACAAACGCACUGGAUUCAGUGAAAAGAACUGGCCUGUGAAAGGAGGCGAGUGGGGAACGACGACGUGUAGUUAUCCAGAAAUUCUGAUCACAGGACAUGCUGAUGGUUCUAUGAAGUUUUGGGAUGCUUCAUCAGUGACAUUACAAGUGUUAUACAAGUUAAAAACUGCCAAAAUAUUUGAAAAACCAAAAUUCAAGCAGACAGAAGGACAGGAUGAUGACCCCUUUGCAAUCUAUUUGAUUCACCUGUGCCAGGAGAGCCGGAUGUUGUGUGUGGCCGGGGCUACUCAUGUGAUUCUGUUCAAGUACUCAAAGCAGGAAAUUUCGGUCGACAUUGUAGGGUUAGAUAUCUCCAUUAUAUACGAGGUGUUUGAUGACCUAGACUCCCCGGAUUAUGACUACCCCAAACCCAGUUUGGCGGUGGUGAGCCAGCAACAACACAGCGGUAGUAUGGGUUCCUACUCCAGUAACACUUCAGACAGCGUCAAAGUAAGUAACAAAAUAGAGACGGGCACGUCAUUAAAGGUGCGGCCGGGCAGCAAGAAGUACAAUGCAGGUUUCUAUCCCGAUCUUGUGUGUCUGCUUAACUGGCUGGACAACGAACACCCAGGCAAUAUCACAAACAUCUCUGUGAACUCUUCCUAUGGUUUACUUGCAUUUGGUAAUGAAUCUGGGCUUGCAAUAAUUGAUUUCCUGCAGAAAACAUGUUUGUUAAAUUUGGGGACACCUGAUUUAUAUGGGUCUAUGGACCCCUAUCAGCGGGCUCCUCGGUCCCCUAGGGGCAAAAAGUUCCCCCAGCCAAAUACGGAGGGAUCAGGAACAGAAGACGGGUGUCGCUCACCCAUCAAUGAUCAAUCUAGCCCCCCCUCCAGCCCAAACCCCAACCUAUCAAGAAAGAAAAAACACUCCCAUCCUGAUGUUGGUCUCACUGCCAUACAGGAGAGUUCUACUCAGGAUAGCGCUCACAAAGAAACUAAAUUUUUCCUUAAAGACAUUGAUUGUGCAGAGAAAGCUACAAUGGCAGAAGAUCUGGACAAUAACAACAAAGAGAUGAGUGCCAACAUGCAGGACCAGUCCAUGUUGCAGGAAUUAGAAAACAUUGCUGACGAAUCAGUACCCACCAGGCCCCCCAGGCAUCGCCGGAUCUCUAUGCCAGACGCAAAACAACACCUGCAUUUCUCCUUGCUAAAACCCCAUAAGUCUCAUUCUGAGAAUGCAUUGAAGGUUGUGAAGAAACAACCAGCCUGCAAAACUCUGUCUGACCCAAGUUGUGUCAGACAAGCUCUGGACCUUGUGCCAAACCAGGACAGCACUGCAGUGAUUCGAGAGAGAUCAUGCUCUGACCCUGAAAUCGAAGUGGAAACAACAUCCUCGGAAGAUGUUUAUAAAGAUCAUCACAGACAUCGAAAACUUUCAAUGAAAGGAUUUAAGUUUUCCCGAAGGAAGUCAAAAGUCAAACCCCCAAAUCUGAAUGAUCUGUCAUUGACAAACAUAGAAAUAGACCCCCACCCUGACAACUCGGGGGACGAAGGGAGGGAGGAUGUCGACUCUCAUGGAGACACUUCUGAUGUAGACCCUGGUAUUCACUCUGGGGGCUUCCUACGUAGGAUGAGUGUUAAGGUCAAAUCCAUAGUGCUAGGCAAAGAGAAUGAGGAGCGGACAAGGCCAAAGAUAGAGGUCAUUGACCUCUCAGAUGAUAAAGGCAAUACCGUCAUUCGUCAGAUGUCUGUUCAAGAAAUAUGCCACGGAGGCGGGAUGGGUAUGUCUACUGCUGACGAUAUAGCUGCUAGCAAACUAAAUAACUCACCUUUUCUCACACCAUCUUUCUGUCGUUUCAGCAUCUCGUCCUAUAUUUGCUCUCUUAUAACCCCUCAUAUUUUGAUAAAUGGUGUGUGUAUGAGUCCAACCUGCUUAAAGCAAAAACGGCCACAUCCUCCCGAGCUGAAGCGGACAAGGUCGCAAGGCAAUCGUAAACUUCAGAAGGCUCAGAGCGUGGCGUCAAUGGAGGAAACGAAUGGAGGAGAAUUCUGGUCCUCUGUACAAUUGAUGGUCGUUUAUGAUAAGAACCUGCACUGCCCAUCCGACACUGGCCAGGUCACCCUGGUAACCAGGCGCAGUCGGGGGCGUUGCAAGGUAUGUGUGUACGUGUGUGUAACUGUGUGUGUUUUUUGUCACCCCUCAGUCUAUCUCAGACCUGACAUGUGUUGUGAUAAAUCUGACGGGGCAUCCUUUUCAAGGUCUCGGAGUUCUAGCAUGUCAAGUUUAGAGAACGUUUCAAGGGAGGCUAUCCAGUCAUUAGUGUUUGCAGAUUCUUAUGCUCGCAAAACAGAUAAUUUUACAAGUCCAUGUCUAUGGGUAGGAACCAGUUUAGGAUCAGUUAUAGUGAUAGUGUUAAAUCUACCUCUACAAGGGGACCAGCGAGGAACACAACCUGUCAUAGUGUCCACCAGUGGUACGUUAAUUCGACUGAAGGGUUCAGUGUUACAAGGGGACCAGAGAGGAACACCACCUGUCAUAGUGUCCCCCAGUACGUUAAUUCGACUGAAGGCUUCAGUGUUAACCAUGUCUUUUACCUGUACAGGUACGUUAAUUCGACUGAAGGCUUCAGUGUUAACCAUGUCUUUUACCUGUCCCAGUGAUAAUUUUACAAGUCCAUGUCUAUGGGUAGGAACCAGUUUAGGAUCAGUUAUAGUGAUAGUGUUAAAUCUACCUCUACAAGGGGACCAGCGAGGAACACAACCUCUCAUAGUGUCCCCCAGUGGUACGUUAAUUCGACUGAAGGGUUCAGUAUUAACCAUGUCUUUCCUGGACUGUACGGGUACUUUGAUCCCCACACAGUAUGAACAGUGGCAGGAGAAGAAGGAAAGCAAAGAGAAAGAAAAACGAGAUAGAAAUACGACACCUACCACUCCAAAGCCAAGAAUUUCUCCAUCCCCGUCAACAGAAAUCAGUGAUAAACAAUACGCCAUAAUCUGCUCAGAAAAACAAGCAAGGGUAGUGUCCCUGCCUUCUCAAACCUGUCCAUAUAAGACACGAAUUACAGAUGCCUCCUUUGUGGUAAGGGCAGAUGUGGUCUCAUUACGUGAUAGUGUAUGUUUAGCAUGUUAUAUAGCCAAUGGUCAUAUAACAGUGUUCAGUCUACCCAGCCUUAAGCCUCUACUUGACAUGGAUUUCCUGCCACUUACCGAUCUCCGGAUUGCCAGAACGUUUGGCUUCAGUAGUAACGGCCAUGCUUGUUACCUGUGCUCACCAACAGAGAUACAGAAAAUCUCCUUUUCUGCUGAUAUAAGUGAUAACCUGAAUGAAAUGAUGGCUGAUUUGUUUUUACCUUGUGAGACGCCUGAAGCUCCAAAACAGGGAUUUUUAAAAAGUCUGUUUGGGGGAGGGACAUCAACACUGGACAGAGAGGAACUAUUUGGAGAGAUGAGUGGGAAGGGUCCACGGGGACUGGCGACACGGUUACCAGGGACUGGGGGCAUGCAGCAUCUACAAACACAAGCCAUAAGUGCCACAGGAGAAGUCGGGCGGGCACACAAGGCCUUCAUUGAACGCGGUGAGAAGUUGUCAGAUCUUGGUGAUCGGACAGAACAGAUGACAAUGCAAGCAGACAGCUUUGCAACUGCCUCGCAUCAACUCAUGUUAAAAUAUAAAGACAAAAAGUGGUACCAAUUCUAGCACUGUCUCACCAACUCCCUCACCUGAAGGGGAGACAACUCACUGGAAACAGAUCUCGCUAUUGUCAGCCAAAUGCUGCCGUAUCUAUUGGUUCAAGUUGGGAACACUCUUUGGACGAGUAAAUCAUCAGAUGUUCAAUCCAGACUGCUGCAUAUCAACUCUUAUUGAUCUUAACUAGAUUUUAAGUGUUCCAUGUUAUCAAGGAAUAAAUUCGGAUUUGAUAUAGGGGCAUAACUUGGUAUAUGUAAGAUGAUUGGGUAAUGCAUGCUUUCUCGUACGGCUCAAGCUGAUUCUAAAGGGCGCUCCAGAGAACAGUUAUGUUCAUCCCAGUCUCCAAAGAUAGACUAAAUCGUAAAGAGGCUGGCUCUGUACAAAGGCAAAGCUUAUUCUUUCUUGUUUCCGUAAAGAUUUAAGUUCCAUAGAGAGGCUGGCUCCAUACUAAAGAUAAUCUCCCAUUUUCCUUACAGUGGCUGGCUCCAAACAAAGGCUAGACUCCUAUUUCCAUAGAGACUCUAGUCUGCAAGGAGAGGCUGGCUUCAUACAAAGGCUAGAUUUCUGUCUCCAUACAGAGGCUGGCUUCAUACAAAGGCUAGAUUUUUGUCUCCAUAGAGAGGCCAAUUCCUUUUAAGUGUUUACCAUCAAGAUAAGGGCAAUGUUUCUUAAUUGUACUGGAAUAAUGAUAUUUUAGAAUCAGAAGUCUGGAUUGAACAGGUGAUGUUUGAGAUGACAAAUGCCUCCAAGAUAGAAAUUACCAAGUUUAACAGAUUUUAAGGCAAGGUAAUUAGACAAGUUUGAUAAGGUUAAUGAAGGAGGAUGUCCAACAACACUGGAUUAAGUGACCGCCCAAAGAUGAAGGUGACCUUCAUCAUCGCCAAGGAUGAACAUGAUUUAACUGUAACCUUCUUGAAAGGUUAGAUGGAUGAAUUCAUACCAUUACCAAUGAAAUUUUAAAUGAAGCAGGAACUGACCCACAUACUGCUGUAUAGAGUAGUUAUGGGAUUUAACCGUGAUAAGAAGGUUCAGGAUACCGUUACUGUGGAGUAAUGCUAUACAAAGUAACAAUACCUUGAUCAGAAAGUCCCACUUAUUUAUGAUGGUAUGACAGGGACAUCGAGUGUGAGUUGGGAGACAGGAAUUAUUUCCUGCGCGAGGUGUCGUGGACGUCCCCAUGAGGUGGACAUAACUGUACUCAAGAAUGACAGGGCAAAGCAUUAAGCUUAUUAUAGUGCUAUAUUUUUAGCCAAUAGAGGGUUUUAAUAUUAUUUCAAUUCUGUCAAGACCUGGAGCGAAAGUGUCAGGAUUAUUUUAAUUCUGUCAGAAACUGAGCUAAGAUGUCAGGGUUAUUUUAAUUCUGUCGGAACCAAGAGCUAAGUUGUCAGGAUUAUUUUAAUUCUGUCAGGACAUAGAUCUAAGUUUAUGGAAUUAUUUUAGUUUUGUCAGGACCUGGAGCUACAUGUAGGGUUGUUGGGACCUGUUGAAGCCUACAGAGCAGGCAUGUGAUAGUUUUAUAUAGUUGUUGAAGGGACCAAAUAUAUAUCUUUAAAUUGUUGAGCCUUAGUUUAUGUCAAAAGAUUUUAAUUUUGUUGAAUAUUAUUAUUGUGAUGAAAGAAAGCUGUAUUUAUUUCAAAGUUUAUUUUUUGCCCAAAAGUGGCAUUAUCCACACAUUAUUCCUUCUGUUUAAUUACCUGCUUAUGUGAAAGAAAUGCAAGAAGGUUGUUAUUUUUUACAUCAAGUAUUCAUUCCAUAGUGCAAUUCAACAGAAAUCUUAACCAUUUUCUUGACUGGAAAUAA